AAUGAUAAAUACUAUUUUUGUUUUUUUCAAGGGAGAAGAGAAACUGAACUACAUAACUAUAUGCAGGGCUUCUCGACUCCUGGGGAUGAAACAGUCAAGGAGAAAAACCCAUAGACAGAGUAAUAACCAUGUAAAUAAAAUCAAAUCUGGCGGCCGACAGGAUACAAGAUUUCAAUACCCACCACGAUUGCCAAGUAAAAAUCAUCACCCAACUUCAAAAUCACAUGUCCAAGGUGAGGUUAACCGAGGGGCCGAAAGGGAUACGGGGGCCAGGAGCGCUCUUCCACCGGGUGAUUGGAAUGUGUUUGUGGAGCAACAGCUGGCUGCUCUUCGGUCAGCCCAGCGAGAAUGCUAAAGGUACCCUUGGCAAGACUAAGACUUCGGUACAUUUUGAGUUUUGAAGCAGCCGCACACUUGACGCAUUUCACCGUCACUUUUCCACACCCCUUGGCGCAGGCAACUUGCUGAGAAACAAGGUGUGGAGAGUACGAUGCUUUCCGGAAGGGUAGAGAUGUCCUAUUUCGUCGA